UAAUUUUUUUUUAUUAAUUUUAGUUGAUAUAGUAUUCACUUGUAUAUAUAACUAAACUUAUGGUUAUUGUUUAUUAUCUAAUUAAUAAAAGAGAACAUAGAACUGUAGGUCUAUAUAGUGUAAAUAUAUUAUUAUUUAGAUUUAUUUAUUUUUAAAUAGAAAACCCGGUUCGACCGGUUGAACCGGUCCGACCACUUAACCAGUAGCUUUACCGAGUCGGUAUCCGGUCCGGUUUUAAAAACAUUGCCUAUGACCUUUGUUUCUCUCUUCUCUAUUAAUUUUCUUAAAGCUCUCUGAUUAGCUCAUUAUUGUUAAAGCCUGUUGACCAAUAUUGUGAUUAAUAAUCAAUCAUCAAGAUUCAAGAAAAAAAUCACAUGGGAAGAUCACCUUGUUGCGAGAAGAACGGGCUCAAGAAAGGGCCGUGGACGUCCGAGGAAGACCAGAAGCUCCUUGACUAUAUCAAGAAACAUGGAUAUGGUUACUGGAGAACCCUCCCUAAAAAUGCUGGUUUGCAGAGAUGUGGCAAGAGUUGCCGAUUAAGGUGGACUAACUAUCUCCGACCAGAUAUAAAGCGAGGAAGAUUCUCCUUUGAAGAAGAAGAAACAAUUAUUCAGCUUCAUAGCUUUUUAGGAAACAAGUGGUCUGCUAUUGCGGCGCGUCUGCCUGGAAGAACAGAUAACGAGAUCAAGAAUUUUUGGAACACACAUAUAAGAAAGAAGCUACUUAGAAUGGGGAUUGAUCCGAUGACUCACAGUCCGCGACUCGAUCUCCUCGACAUCUCAUCCAUCUUAGCAUCAUCUCUUUACAAUUCUUCUUCGCGUCAUGUGAACAUGUCAAGACUCAUGAUGGAUGGUCAUCGUCAGCAUCAACAGCAACAACCAUUGGUUAACCCCGAAAUACUCGAGGUAGCUACCUCUCUCUUCUCUCAAAACCAAAACCAAAACUUCGUGAUGGAUCAUGAUUCCAAAACCCAUGAUAACCACACGUCUUAUCAUCAUGAUGUUAACCAAACCGGAGUAAAUCAAUACCAGACCAACCAUCAAGAACUCCAGUAUUGCUUGCCACCAUUCCCCAGCGAAGCUCACAUUAACGAUAUGGAUCAUCACGGAGAACAUACGUUUGCUUUAAACUUGAAUACGUCGGUCCAAGAUUGUGAUAUUCAGUUGUUCAACGACUAUGCAAGCUCUAAUUUUGUAUUAGACCAUUCUUAUCUAGAUCAGAGCUUCAACUUCGCUGAUUCGGUCCUGAACACGCCAUCCUCGAGCCCGACUACGUUAAACUCCAGUGCCACGACUUACAUCAAGAGUAGCAGUUGUAGCAUUGAAGAUGAAAUAGAAAGCUAUUGCAGUAAUUUCAUUAAGUUUGAUAUUCCCGAUUUCCUGGACGUUAAUGGUUUUAUUAUAUGAUUUCAAGAAACUAAAUAAAAUCCAUUAGGAUAUAUAGUUGUUCUUUUCAUGUAUAUUGUAAUUUUAUUGUUUUUAUAUUUCAAAUUUGUUUACAUGUAAAAUACUAUUUUCUCUUGUUUUUUUUUAUUCUUUAGAGUUUAUAUUAAUACUAUAGUAAUGGAGUUUCCAUUAUUGA